AUGAGAGCCCUAGAAGUGCCGUCGGAAAACGAUUCCGAUGAUGCGAUCGCGCCGGCCUUACCAGUGCAGGCUACGCAAGAUGGGUUGAGCGAGCAUGUCAUUGUUGAGCAAGCUACUUUGCCCGUUAUACGACUACCUUGGGAGUCCGGAGUCUUUCAAGAGAUCUUCUCAGCGCCUUCGAUCAUAAGCGAUGACCUGCCCACCCCCACCAUGUAUGGUCAAGCUGAGAUCCAAUUAAGGGAGCUGUCAGAGCAACGAUCAGUAAAGCGCCAGUGCAGAGUGGUUACACCUGACAAGGCCAUUUUCUUGCAGGCAGUUAGGCGCAAGCCUGACAGAGACUUCGACGAGAAGUGCGAAUACGUGUGGGGCCGAGCUGUCAAACUCUGGCUGACGCUCAUGUUGGCAUCGCCCUCGGCCGGUAAGUUUGUCCAGAGUGUCUGCAGCAUGGAAGACGAGGAAGCUCUCUCGUCUAUCAGAGAUGUUUUCGGCGUUAAGUCGCCCCAUACUGCACUGAAACGGGCCACGUCUCUCAUCAGGUUCAUGAAGUCGAAAGGGAAGCUGGCAGCGCUCGGGACGGUCCAAGCCUUGCGCCUAGCCCAGCAUGCGCUAAGAUGUCACAACCUGGAGGCAGUUUUGUCACCGCGAGUGGUGGGUGCAGCAGACCGUUCUGCAGGGGAGCACUUACCUCAAAACCAGGCCCGUGAUUUGACGGUUAGCGAAGUGCGACAGGUGGAAGAAGCUAUACGUGCACAGGAUGCCGACCCGAUUGACAGGUUUGCGGCAGGGGUUAUGUGUUUCCAGUUGUUCGCACGGAACCGCUGGAGCGAUGUAGCGUGCAUUGACAGCCUCUCCUUCGAUGUCACAGAAGUAGCUGGCCGACCCGUCGGCUACGUGGAAGCAAGGGCACGCCGUGUCAAGCAGAGUAGCCAAGCCAAGAAAAAGAAGGCGUUGUUCAUGCCGUUGGUGGCACCUAUUCAGGGAGUCAGCCCCGACUUCCACUGGGCGCUUGAAUGGCACCAUGCUGCCCAGUUAGCAGGCAUUGAUUUGGCGAAAAGACCGCUUGGGGCGCUGCUCCCGGCCCCAGGACCAGGGGGAACCUUCCUCAAACGGCACAUAGACACAGCUGAGGCAUCAGAUUGGCUGCAUGGACUGUUGUUGAGGAGUGAUCCCACCCGACAGCGCACUACGUCGCACUGUCUCAAGCACACGGUGCUGGGUUGGCUCAGUAGGUUUGGGAUCCACGGUGAGACGCAGACAUUGUUAGCACACCAUAGCACAGGGCCUAUGAGUGACCUGGCUUAUUCUCGGGAUGCUCUGAGUGGACCAAUUCGCCAAUUAGAACAGAUGCUCCAACAGAUACGUGAAGGCUCAUUUCUUCCCGACGCGACCAGGAGUGGCUACUUUGUUAGGGAGAAUGUUAGCGAGGCAGCUCCUUCCUGGAGCAUGGUCAGUGAGCCUCCAGCAGUGUGCCGUCCGACGCCAGCAAUGUGGGAAGGCCCAGAUUGCAAGGAGAAGGCCAGCGCUGCUGAGGACGAACAGCAUGCAGCAAGCCCAACAGGGACAUCUCUCUUUGGCACCAAUUUCCGGAAGCGAUGGCUUCUAAUGGAAGGGACAAAGUGCAGCUCCGGCCCGAAAGAAGUGGAGCCCACAUCGGAAGAUGGGAUAAGUGACCACAGUCCAGAAGUGGCUGUAAAGGUAGACGCGGCAGACAGGGCAACGCAGCAGCCUGGAGAUACAAGCCUCGGGGACGCACCAGAAGACGAAAAGGACACAGUUUGCUCGGGGGUCGGCCUCGUGGCGACCGACAUCUUAUCCCCUGUCUCUAGCUCUGACUCAGACACCGCGAGUUCCACGUCUAUGGAGGAGGAGACGUGCGACCCGGCCUCCCCGACGGUUUUGAGGCACUGCGAAAUGUCAAAUCGACAGUCGUGCACCUGCAUAGGCCAGGUGCGGUGUCUCUCAAGUGCGGCCCAGUUGUGA